GACAAAUGACUAGCUUAUUUCAUCAUUGAUUCGAACAACUUUUCCUUCAAUUCAUUAUCGAGCAUUUUCAAAACAGUUGAUGUAUCGUAAUAAAACUGAGAACGGUGGUUGAUUUAAAUAACUAUUUGUGGAUUAAAAAUUUACUGAGACUCAAAAGUGACAUGUUAGUGAAGUUUUCAUGUCUGUCAAAAUAAAUAGGAUUAUUCAUUUCUGCUAGUAAAUUGUGGUAAACAAUGCAAUUCACUCAACGGCUGAUUGAAGAUAUGAUGAUUUAAAAACUAUUGGUUUAUCCAAUCUUACCAUAUUUUGAUAUGUAGGAUUUGUUCUGAAACUUGACAACUUAUCAGUAGCUUCAAAACAACUCAGUAGUUUCGACUGACUAACCUUUUUCUUUUGUUAAAUGAAGCUAAAAUAACUGGGGAUUUUCAAAUAAUUUGUGCCCAAAACUCCAUAAGAUACCAUAUGAAAUAAUUAUGCCUCAGGAUUUUGAAGAUAAACCAUCAGUGGGAGAAUGUCGUGUGAUUUUACCAGACAAAUCAAUUUCUUUGAAUUGUAAAAAUCAGAGUGCAAUAAAUAACACAUGUGAUAUGCUACCUGAAGAUAAUGACAAAUUAAGUCAACAGUUGCGAAAUGAAGAAAUUGAGAUUUUUAGCCCUGAAACACAUCCUGAAUAUUUUGUACCAGUUGCUCCCGAUGGUGGUUGGUCAUGGAUUGUCUUACUGGCCACAUUCCUUAAUUUCUUUCUGAUUGAUGGGAUCUUCUUUUCUGUUGGUCUUUUAAUGGUUGAAUGGGCUGAUCAUUUCGAAGCUUCAAAAACCAAGGUCUCAUUAGUUAGUUCAUUGAUGUUGGGGUGUUAUCAAAUGAUUGGUCCUUUUGCUGCAGCACUAACAAACAAAUUUGGUUGUCGAACAGUCGCUCUUUUUGGAUGCGCUCUGGCAUCUGUAUCGAUUUUCAUUAGCUCUUUAAUGCCUACCGUAGAUGCUUUAAUCAUUACUUUUGGAAUAUUAGUUGGCUCUUCAUUUGGAUUAAUUUAUUUACCAGCACUAAUUGCGGUUAGUUUCUAUUUCAACAGAAAACGUGAAUUGGCUAGUGGUAUAGCUGUGGCUGGAACACCUUUUGGGGCUGUGGUAUUUGGACCUCUAGCAGGUUACUUAAUUCAGUUAUAUGGAUGGUCAUGUACAUUAGUAUUCUUCUCUGCAUUUAUACUUCAUGGUAUUAUUUUAUCAUGUCUUUAUCGUCCAUUGAAACCGAUGCAUAAAUUCGAAAUGUUAGAUUUAUCUAAAGAGACUAAUGAAUCUAUUGUUAAUUUAGUUGAUGUAAUUCAAAGUAAUUUAAUGAUAGCAUCGAAUACAUUUAUUAAAUCAAAUCAAUUUAUCAAUUCAUCAAAUCGUAUUGGUCAAACUUUAUAUAAAUUAGAUGAAGGAAAUGAAGAAAAUGAACAAUUACUACAGCAACAACAACGAAAAAACAGUUUGAAUAUUGAAGUUGGUGAAAAUUUAAAAAAGAAACAAUCUAUACAUGAGAAGAAAUUACAUAAAUUGAAUCUAUGUGAAGAGGAUGUACAGAAGUGUACAGAUGAAAAGAAAGAAGCGAUGAGCGAAAAUCCUAAAUUACCAGAAUUGACAACUGUUCAUGGUCAAACAGUAUCAAAACAAGUCGAUAAAAGUUUGGCUGACCCAAGUAGAUUAAUUAACCCGUCAUCAUCAUCAGUUGAUCAACCUUCUUCCCUGGUACCCAGUACUAUUAAAUUACCCCCAGUAUCUAAUGAUCGUACUAUUUCCAUACGGGAAAAUCAAUUAACACCAGAAUCUGUCGCUGAGAAACGGAUGAAUACAUCGGAUCACAAGCAAAAUCUCACAACUGAUCAAUCAGUAAUACGCAGUGGUAGAUCACAAGGAACUGAUUCAACUUCGUAUGUUUUUUCUACACCAUGUUUAAGCGUUAAUAAUCCAACUUAUGAUGGACAGACUAGUAAUAAAGCCAAUAAGUUUCUCCUUGAUGUUUAUAAUAGAAGAAUUAUAAAUCCUUUAAGAAAUAAAAAAUUACUACAUCCUGCUACUGCUACUACUGUAUCAAGACGACGUCAUCUUUCGCAUAAUUUAACUCCAAGUAUUCCCACUAUUGUAGAAGAUCAAGAAUUAACUAAAUCUAGUGGUAAUAAUCAACUUCAUGUUAAUUUAGCUGGUCAAGAUUUUAGUUCUGCCAUAACUGUUGCAAAUUUGGGACGGGAUAAACGUCGAAUAUCUGUGGAUCCAAAUUUAAUCAAUUCAGGUCUUAUUCAUAGUUCUAUUGCAAGUGUAUUAACUACUUAUCAUCCACAAAAAUUAGAAUUUCGCAAAAUGGAUUCUAAACCUGUUCUAGUUGCACUACCUCAUGAAUCUAUCACUAUUGAAGAUUAUUCAAGACCUCUUUAUCGAAGUGAUAUAUUUUUCGGAGGUAAUCCAAUGCCACAAAUACCAAAGGAAUAUUAUUCAACAAUUACUAAAAUGAAAUCAACUGGAGAUGUAGAUAGAAAAAUGCAAAACAAAUUAAAUGAUAUAUAUCGUAUGACUAAUUCAUGUUUAACAGUUCCAUUAAAUGAUACUAUCGAUCAUAGUCAUGUUGAUGGUUCUUAUGGUACACUUAGUGAUGGUGAUGAACAUGAGUCAGGAUUUUGUAAGUCACAAUCUAAUUGGAUAGAAUCAAUGAUUGUCUCAUUAACUAGUAUACCAUUACCAAAUGAUGACAAUAAAGGUCUUCUAUUACCAUCAGCUAAACAGAGUUUAAAUGAAAAACUACAUAAGAGUUUUCCUGAUUAUGAUAGUAGAAUUCAUGAUGAAACCGGUGGUAGUGGUGGUGGUGGUAAUAUUCGUCAUGGAGCCUAUGCUGAUGAUGUUGAUCAUGGUGAAGAUGAUAAUGCUGAUCAUGUUAGUGUGAUGGAUGAUAUUUGUUUAUGUGGUUUUUGUCUAACUGGUAUUCGACGCCUCCGUGAUUGUCGUUUAUGCUCUUCAUUAUUUUAUUCACAAAAAUUACCGGAUUGUUGCCCGUGUUUUUUUGUUAAACAAAAACAAAUCUAUAAACGUGUAAAUAAAGAAUUUCCUAAUCAACAUGAAGCUGAUAUUAUGGAUGAGUUAAACAUAAAUGAUUUUAAUGAUUUAACCGAAGUUACAAGAUACACUCGUUUUAUUCAAUGCUGUAAAUGUGUUUCUUUAAAACCUAUACUGGAUGUAUUAGGUACUAUGUUAGACUUAUCAUUAUUAUUCAAACCAAAAUAUUUAAUAUUGUGGAUUUCUAAUUUAAUUGGUUUAUUGGGUAAGUUACAUACUUUGUAUUUUGUGUACACCUCUUUGUGAACUGAAUAAUUUCUAAGAAAUAGAUUCGUAGGUGAUACUAUUAGUUUAAACUGAUAUCAAAUCAACAAUGUUUCAAACUAUCAUGGAAUAAUUAUUUAAUACUCCGUUAUGUUCAAUAGUUUUAAAGUUAAUUCCUUUCACAAGUGAAAUUUAUCUUUAUUAUAUAUCUACAUGUAAAAAUUCAACAAGGUUGAAAUGUAAAUUUCUUCCAUUUGAUAACGAUAAAAGCAUCCAUGUCUUCAAUCAUUUAUCAUAUAAAAACCUAAGACCUCGAAAAUAUAUCGUCACACUCCAUAUCACAAUGAGCGGGAAUCAAUGCAUUGAAAAAAACAAUGGUAUUAACGGGAAUCUGAACAUACAGAAUGUAGUUCAAAAAAGGCAACUAAAACUGAAGAAUGAAAUCUAUAAAUUAAUAUUAAGACACAAGAUUUAUGGAAGUAAAUGAAUUGGGAUGUGACUGUGCUACUGCAAUCUAUUUCUGGUCAUGACACCCGAAUUGUCCAACUUCGUGUUAUAACUGUAGGUUGUAGGCUACAGUUGUCUUAUGAAGUCAAAUCUAGAAGUCUGCACCUGUGUGUGUGUGUGGGGGGGUCGAAUAGUAACUUCAUGAAUUGGUUGUAUGUCUUGAUUUUGCUACCCUCAGCCUUUUUUUCUCAAAUUAACUUUAUGCCAACUACCAUGGUAUAUCAACCUUCUUUUAAGUUAUUUUUUAAAAUCCAAUAGGUUGUAGGCUCUGUCUUCGAAAUGCUAUUAUCAUUAUAACCAUUAGUAGCCCGUGAUCCGACUCCAAUUGGAUUGUAUGUUGAUCGCUAUUGAAAUAUACAUGUCAUCAAUCCUCAUAUAUACUUAUUGAUCUAAUCGCGUUAGUGAAUAAUGGAAUUAAAUGAGUCAAAUACGAGAAUGGAUGUUUGAAUACGUAUAUUUAGUACACCCGUUGGUCGGAACAGACAAUCAGAGAAUCGCAGCGAAUGAAGCGAAACGAAAGAACGCUCAUUGGAGAAGGCAUAUAAGCUAACUUCAUUUGAUCAAGCGGUAAUCAAUAUUUAUAGCCAGAUAAAAUUAAGUUACAGACAUGUGAUGGAUAGGAUAAGGAGUGUACACACACAUGCGCUCACAUAAAAACAUUCAGGGUUGAUAAGUGAAUAACUAACAAGGUUAAAACGUGACGCAAGAAGAAUGGAUAAAUUGACCUGUCCAGAAGCUAGAAUAAGGUAGGUAUAUUGGUUUGACAUAGUAACCGACACUGCAAACCAUGUAACAGAUUUUUGAAAUUCUAUCUUUUAUUCUUUUAAGACAGACACAUUUAAUACUACAUCAAUGUAUCGUAUUGACAACCAAGCUAAUCAUGCACUAGCUAAGAUACAUUUGUCAUUAAUAGAGAUUUACUAUUUGUCUUAUAUCAUUCAUCAGUGAUCAGUCAGUUCAUUGAAAAUCAAUGAUUACUUAAGUGACUUUCUUAAUGUAAUUAUUAUCACUUUCAAUGGUUGAGAUCAUGUGUCAAUUGAAGCUAGACCA